CAACAGGUGUGUCUAUCACAAAAAAAACAAUACUGGACGGUGGUUAUAUAAAUAACGCGCAAAAAACAUUCACUCUUUCCCUAUCUAGUGGACUUAUUCCAGUUAAACAAAAAAAAGUAUUUGUGUAUAUGUGUUGUUUUGUACUCUGCAUUGAAUUUUGAACAUAUCUGAUUAAUUCUUCAAUAUAUUAGCAUCAAUAUCGUUGUCGUUGUCUCAGUGAUACUAUGUGUGAACCAAGUGAAGUUGGCGAGAAUGGUCUUAUCUAUUCGGGUGUAGGAUUGAAAGAAUUUAAAUAUGCCUCGAUAAGUUUAUCAUUUGUCAGUACACUGAUCAAUCCAUUCUUUAUCUAUUUAAUAUUGAAUAUCACACUGCCUGGUCAACUACUCAGCCUGUUAAUUAUGCUACAGAUCACAUUCGAAUGGCUUAAAUCACUUGGUGAAAUUAUUCACUUUUUUUGUCCAGUCAUCAAGCGUACACCUGAACUAUGGUUCAACAUACUGAUAUGUCAUAUGUGGAGUAGUACAUUUCUAUACACCUUAUUAGAAUUAUUCUGUAAACAAAAUGUUGUCAGUAUGCUAAUUGAAAGAUGUUUUUAUGCCUUGAUGCCAGAUAAAGAUUUAAUCUAUUAUCCAAAAACAAUUAUUGCCUAUCAUGCAUUUACAUUGUUGUAUUUAUUAGCCAUAAAUAUGGGGAUUACAAUACAUGUACAUGUUACACCGGAUGGUUCAUGUGUCCUGGAUAUUUAUGACUUAAAUCAACAUUCGUAUAUUGUUGAUUUAGCCUUCAGUUUAUUAUCCGUGAUAUUUACUAUACUAUUGCCAAUUCUAAUUGAAUUAGUAUGUUUAACUAUUAUCUUUUGGAAGUUAUAUCGUAAUAAAACGAAUCAUAGACUUAUAAAUUUACCAAAUGAUCAUAUUUAUAAAAGUCGACAAAAUAAUAUUACAAUUAUUAUUAUUAUCUGGUCGAUUAUAUCACUGCUAUUGAAUUUCAGCGAUUUAUUUGAAGCGCUUUUAUUACAAUUUCAAGGUUAUUCUUAUUUAGCCCGAUUAAUUGUUAUUCUGAAUGAUUUUUUGGGAUCAAUUGAAAUGUUAAUUCAUUUAUUUGCUUUAUUAUUUUAUGUUGACACGAUAAGAAGCAAAUUUUAUACUUUUGUGCAGAAUAUAUUUCGUAGAAAUUGAAUAUUUAAUUUUAAUUUAAUUUAAGCGGUAAAUAUGAAUGUUGUUGUGUUGACUGGAUAAGUAGUGUUAAAUUGUCAAUGUGUUGAAUGAACAUUGAACUAAAUUUUUCCAAUUCUUCUUUAACUGUCUUUUUUUGUUUUUGUUUACUGAUUUUGUUAUUCUGUACGAAGAUAUUUGAAUAAAAUUAAAGUAUUAACAUGGAACUGCAUUUACCUUAUCUUCAGUGAUUGUAUUGAAGGCAUUUAUUUCAUUUUCUUAUGAUAAAACUUUAUUCUAAUAGCAAUUCUAUUGUUGCAUUUUUGUCACUAUUUCUGAAAUUCAUUUGGUGUGAGUUAGUAAUUGUGUUGAUUUGCAACAGAACGACUGAUUUCACAAAUAUUGACAAUUUAACAAGCUGUUUUACUGAAAUAACUAAAGCUUGAACCAGUUUUUUGUUUUGUUUAAAUUUGAUCAUUAUCAUGAAUAGUAACAUAAUUAGAUGAACUAUUUUCAUAUACGUUGUUAUUUAUCAAUAAUAAUUGGAGAAAUAUCUACUAUUAUUUACUCCAUUUUAUCAAUGUUUCGGUUUUUUAAAGUAGUAUACUUGGACAGUUUAUCUCAAUAAAACAAAAAGUUGGUCAUUUUUAAUACUUUAUGUUUUAAAGUCAUAUUUUAUCGUGCAUAUAUGUUUGUAUCUAUUCAAGUAUAAUGUCGUCCUUCAUAUAUACUGAAGAGAAUGAAUAUUAAUUGCAUCCCCCAACCUGUGGAAAACUCAAAGUAAACUAUAAUCCCUUCAAUAUACUACUUAUUUUACCGUGAAUAGAAAAAACAACAUUUGGUGUACGAUUUCAUCA